CAGAGCUCCAGAGAAACGAGGGUAGACAUAUUGGUUUGUUUGCUGGGGAACCAAAUUGAGAUAGACUCUACACAGAUGUGAUAGUGACAACACUUUUUGCCCGCGUAAGUGAGCCAUAGAGUCGUCCCCAGAGCUGCUGGUGCCUUUAAGAAGAGUCGGUCUUACGGGUCUUCUUUUUCCCCAGUGGGCUCCAGUGGUGCCCGCAGCAAAAGGCAAACUUGCCUGGCUCAUGGGGUGGGAGGGAGGAUUGAAGAAUGCCGCGUUGGGUGGGUGCUGAGAGAGCGCCAGAGUGCGCUACGGGCUUCGCUCCCCUUCCCCUUUCCUUAACGCUUCCCAGAGCGGAGGAACCGGGUCGUGCUGCAGCGAUCAGGAGCCGGCUCGCUGGUGUCCUCGUCUCCCGAAACUUUGGGCUGAGAGUGGGCUUGACUGGGCAGGGCCGAGCCGACUGAUUGACCCGGGGGAGGGCGGGUGAGGGAAGAAAGACCCUUAGCACCUCGGGUUUCUAGCUCAGGCGGCGGUGUGCAGCUGCAGGAGGGAGCUGUCCCUUCAGCAUCACGGACCUUAAAGCCUAGGCGUUAGGACGGCGGAGGCGGGGCAACAGGCGGGGAGCUGUCCCUUCAGCACCACGGACCUUGGCGCCCCCGGGGAAACCAGCCGGCCCCCGCCCCAGGACUCUGUCUUUUCUCCAGUUUGAGCGGGGGUGUCGGGAGCAGGCGGAGAGCUUUCCUGCGAGGCUGUGGAAGCAGUGAACACUCUUCUCAGCGGCUCGCCUCCCAGCAGUGCUAUUUUUUGCCAUCCGCCCUCACCCCCAGCACACGCGCUCGCACACACACGCACGCACGCACACACACACACUCACACAGAGACCUCUCUGGGUUUCUUUGCCUUGAGUCUCCCGGGGCUGUGAGAAGCCAGGCGCAUCUCAAACCGAGCUGGCAGCUCCAGGAUCCGGAGCCAUGCCCUGCACGGACCCUCGUCUUUACCAAGCUCCUGAGGAAUGAAAGGAACCCAGGGACCCUCAGAAGGCAGCAGUGAUGCGGACCAACCCCCAGGAGCCUGCACCCUUCCGAGGGCCAUAGGCGACCCAGGGAACUGGAGAGAGCUCCAGACAGGAAAUCCCAGCUUUCCCAAAGUCCCUGUGGAUGCUGACAAAAGGAGACCUGAAUUUUUGGAAGAGCCUGUGCUAGGUUACCCGGCUGCAGAGUGAUUUUCCCCUCCGGCACUGACUCUCCCCCUCCAACCCCCAGCCGUCCAGAGUACCAUGAAGAAUUAUGAGGAUGUGUGACAGAGGUAUCCAGAUGUUGAUCACCACUGUGGGAGCCUUUGCAGCUUUUAGUUUAAUGACCAUUGCAGUGGGCACGGACUACUGGUUAUAUUCCAGAGGUGUGUGCAGGACUAAAUCUACAAGUGAUAAUGAAACCAGCAGGAAGAAUGAAGAAGUAAUGACCCAUUCGGGGCUGUGGAGGACGUGCUGCCUAGAAGGGGCUUUCCGAGGUGUGUGCAAGAAAAUCGAUCACUUCCCUGAAGAUGCUGACUACGAACAGGACACAGCUGAGUAUCUCCUGCGAGCUGUGAGGGCCUCCAGUGUCUUCCCCAUCCUCAGUGUCACGCUGCUGUUCUUCGGCGGGCUCUGCGUGGCAGCCAGCGAGUUCCACCGCAGCAGACACAAUGUCAUUCUCAGCGCGGGCAUCUUUUUUGUCUCUGCAGGGUUAAGCAACAUCAUUGGCAUCAUAGUUUAUAUAUCAGCCAACGCUGGAGACCCCGGGCAGCGUGACUCCAAAAAAAGUUACUCCUAUGGUUGGUCCUUUUAUUUCGGAGCCUUCUCUUUCAUCAUCGCAGAAAUCGUAGGAGUGGUUGCCGUGCACAUCUAUAUUGAAAAACAUCAGCAGUUACGAGCCAAAUCUCACUCGGAGUUCCUGAAGAAAUCUACUUUUGCCCGCCUCCCACCCUACAGGUAUCGAUUCCGGAGGCGGUCAAGUUCUCGCUCCACCGAGCCCAGAUCCCGAGACCUGUCCCCCAUCAGCAAAGGCUUCCACACCAUCCCUUCCACUGACAUCUCGAUGUUCACCCUCUCCCGGGACCCCUCAAAGAUCACCAUGGGGACCCUCCUCAACUCCGACCGGGACCACGCUUUUCUACAGUUCCACAAUUCCACACCCAAAGAGUUCAAAGAGUCACUGCAUAAUAAUCCGGCCAACAGGCGCACCACGCCCGUCUGAACUGACCUCUGACCUCUGCCCCACGCCCAGCACAGCCUUGGGGGAAGUGUACAGAGAUGUCUCUGAGGUUGCAUGGCAUGGUCCUCGUGAUGGUAUUACUUUUUACAAAGAAUGAAACCAAAUGGACUCAGCCCUCUCCCACAUUUGCCCCUCACCCUCCAAGUCCUAACCCCUCCAUCCUCCCUAACUUUUCAAGCCAAUCCCUUAAUGUCAUUUCUCUCUCUGUGUAUCUGUGCCAGAUGUUUUCCUUUCUUCCUUCUUUACUGGAAGGACCUCCACAUUCUUCCCUCCUUGGAAGAGGACUUUACUAAAAGUCACGGGUGGUGGCCAGGGGGGAUUUCCGAAUCUCCAUCAGGCGCGUUCAUAGUUGUCCCCAUUGUCUACCCACACGAAUCCUCAGGAAACCAACCACCGCCCAGGUGGCCUGAGGGAGGCAUUCACCUUUAUGUGUUAGAAAAACAUGACCAGAAAUCAAAGAUGUCAGAGCCCCGAAGCAGCUAAUGUAAUAAGCACUCAUGUUAUUAAAGGUUUUGCCUUGUCGUAA